GGGACCCCUGCACCCAUGCCCACACCUUGGCCGGGUCCCCGGGGCCCGCGUGCACCCCCAGGCCUCACCCGAGGCUACCCGAACCCUGGGAGUGACCCACGCCGCGGGCCCCCUUCCCCAGCCCCUGCCCACCGCAGUCACCGGUACCCAGACCUGGUGCCCGGCCAGGCCCAGACCCUGCCGGGAAGGUCGUCCGCACUCAGGACAGAAGCUGGGCCUGCUGGGGUGGCCUGGGACCGGCCCAGGCCCUGGGCCCGAAGGGGUCACCCGAGCCCGGAGCGUGCACCGUGCAGACCCCAGCCGGGGUUUUGCCGUCGUGCGCUUGGACUCGCUCGGCCGCCCUCACGCGUUCCCCCCAUGGCAACUUCCCGAGUGGGUGGGAGGACAGCCUUGCGGUUUCCUGGAAACCCAUCCCCAGGUCCCCGGCGAUUGCCACCUCCUCCGCACUGCCCCGUUCCGGCCCCAUCCUCUCCACGCUCCUUAGAAACGGGCGUCCGGUUUCACAGGCGACGCCGGCCCUGGGUGGCACCUGCGCCGUCCGCGUGCCGCCCCCCCGGUGCCCGCGGUGCCCACGGUGCGGCGGGCAGGCCCCGUCCCCGCGGCGCCGGCUCCAGCCCAGCCCCUCGGUGCGUCUUGCAGGUGUUCUUUGACGGCGCCAACGUCCGGCAGGUGGAUGUGCCCACGCUGACCGGGGCCUUCGGCAUCCUGGCCUCCCACGUGCCCACGCUGCAGGUCCUGCGGCCCGGGCUGGUGGUGGUCCACGCCGAGGACGGCACCACAACCAAGUACUUCGUGAGCAGCGGCUCCGUCACCGUGAACGCCGACUCCUCCGUGCAGGUACUGGCCGAGGAAGCUGUCACACUGGACAUGCUGGACCUGGCGACAGCCCGGGCCAACCUGGAGAAGGCGCAGUCGGAACUGUCCGGGGCGGCGGACGAGGCGGCACGGGCCGAGAUCCAGAUCCGCAUCGAGGCCAAUGAAGCCCUGGUGAAGGCCCUGGAGUAGGCGGUGCAUGUCUGUGGCCCACAGGGAAACUGAGGCAGCUCCGGGCAGAUGAAAACUGCCCUUGGCUGCUGCUGACGUUGCCACCAGAGGGCAGCAGCGCUCCAGCUGCUGACUGAGUGUCCUGUGCCUGCCUAGGUCUUUCCCCAGCCGCCCGCAGCCUGGGAUCCCAGGCGCCCCCGGAGAGCGGGCGCAACUCCCCUCCGGGCCACCUGCACAGCCACCCUGCCCCGCCUGCCGCCAUUAAACACCGGGAACCAA